UUCAUUGACGUGAUAUAUCCUUUGCUUCACACACAUCGCAUUCGAAGUCUGACCUUAAGAGUCCGUCAAGUCUUCAGCCACAUACCAAAAUGAAAGCAAAUAACAAGUGCAACACCACCAUGGCAAUCAUAAUCCAUCAAUGGAAAUCUUAAUCAUUCUCCUCUUCUCCUUCUCUUUAACUUCUAUUCUCACGACAUCAAAAGCCAUCGACACAAUAUCCGCAACUCAGUCUAUUAGAGAUGGUGGUCAGACUAUAGUUUCAGCUGAUGGCUCCUUUGAAUUGGGAUUUUUCAGCAUCAAAUCUAAUAGAUAUUUGGGUAUAUGGUUCAAAAAGAUUUCUGAGGGAACUGUUGUCUGGGUUGCCAAUAGAGAAACUCCGCUUACGAAUUCAACAGGAGUUUUAAAAUUUGAUGGCAGAGGAAGUCUUAUUCUUCUGAAUCAAGAAAACUUGACCAUAUGGUCUGGUAAUACGUCAAGAGCUGUGCAGAAUCCUAUUGCACAGCUUCUCGAUACUGGAAAUUUCGUUAUUAGAGACGAAAACGACGUCAACCCGGAAAAUUACUUGUGGCAAAGUUUUCAUCAUCCUGACAAAACAUUUAUGCCCGGAAUGAAAAUUGGAAGACUGGCUGGAGGGGUUGAAGUUUAUACAACUUCAUGGAAGAGCAUAGAUGAUCCCUCCAAAGGUGAAUAUUCAUUUCAGCCAGAUUCCUCUGGUUUACAGAUGGUUCUUGUAAAGAAUUCAGUAGUCAUAUCUAGAUCUGGACCAUGGAAUGGUAUUAGCCAGAGUGGUUUGCCUUUCUUGAAACCAAAUUCAAUUUAUAACUAUACAAUGGUUAUCAGUGGAAAUGAGAGCUAUUAUACUUUUGACCUUGUUAGCAAAUCUGUUUUUUCAAGAAUUGUUUUGAGUGAGAAUGGUGUCAAUAAUCGGUAUGCGUGGAUAGAUCGGACCCAGCAAUGGCAGCAGAUCUCAUCUGCACCAGCAGAUAAUUGUGACACUUAUGAUCAAUGUGGUGCUCAUGGCAGCUGUGACAUUAGUAAUACACCUGUUUGUUCGUGUUUGAAUAGAUUUGUGCCUAAAUUAGAAAUUAAUUGGAAUGCAACAGAUUGGUCCGGCGGAUGUGUUCGACGGACGCCACUAGAUUGCCAGAGAGGAGAUGGGUUCAUAAAGUAUUCAAAUGUUAAAUUGCCUGAUAUGCUAAAUUAUUCAACCAAUUCAAGCUUGACCAUAAAGGAAUGUGAGGUGUUCUGCUUGAAAAAUUGUUCCUGUAUGGCCUACGCCAGCUCAAAUAUCGUAACUAGAAGAGGAUGCUACUUUUGGUUCGGAGAACUCAUUGAUAUCAAACAAAUUAAUGAAGAUGGUGGACAAGAUCUUUUUGUUAGAUUGGCAUUUUCUGAAUUAGAUGAGAGCUCGAGUUCGAAAAAACGUAGGGUGCUCAUGGCAACCCUAGUAUCAUUAGCAGGAAUUUUUCUUCUUAUCCUGUGUGUAUGGUUGUUCAUAAGAAGUAAAAGGAGAAAGCAGAAGAGAAGUGCACAAGGAAAGUGGGAAAACAAUCCGAACGAAAACUACUCUAUUGACAACCAUGACGAGGAUCUAGAGCUACCUCAUUUUGACUUCUUCGUUGUGGCUAAAGCUACCAAUAACUUCUCAUUCAAUAAUAUGCUUGGAGAGGGCGGCUUUGGUCCUGUCUACAAGGGCAAGCUUAGUGAUGGACAAGAAGUUGCUGUAAAGAGACUGUCCAAGGAAUCUAGACAAGGGCUUGAUGAAUUCAAGAAUGAAGUUAAAUGCAUUGCCAAACUUCAGCAUCGGAACCUAGUCAAGCUACUCGGAUACUGCAUUUAUCUAGAUGAAAGGAUGUUGAUCUAUGAAUACAUGCCUAAUAAAAGCCUCGACUGCUACAUAUUUGAUGAUAACCAAAGCAAGCUUCUAAACUGGAAUGUGAGGUUCCGUAUUAUCAUCGGGAUAUCGAGGGGACUUCUCUAUCUUCAUCAAGACUCUAGAUUGAGAAUUAUUCAUAGAGACCUAAAAUUAAGUAAUAUCCUACUAGAUAAAGAGUUGAACCCCAAAAUCUCAGAUUUCGGCAUGGCUAGAAUUUUUGGGGGUAAUGAAACUGCUGCAAACACAAAGCGAGUAGUCGGAACAUAUGGUUAUAUGUCACCAGAGUAUGCUAUUGAUGGCCUAUUCUCAAUGAAAUCCGAUGUAUUUAGCUUUGGUGUUCUGGUGCUGGAGAUAAUAAGCGGACAGAGAAACAGAGGAUUUACUCAUCCAGACCAUGAACUUAACCUUCUUGGACACGCAUGGAAGCUGUUCAAAGAAGGCAGAAAUCUAGAGCUUAUUGGCGAUUCAGCAACGGAAACUUGCAACCUAUCGGAAGUAGUAAGAGCGAUGCACGUUGGUCUAUUAUGCGUACAACAUAAUCCAGAAGACAGACCAAACAUGGCAUCAGUGGUUCUAAUGUUGAGCAGUGAAGGUCCAUUGCCUGAACCUAAAGAACCGGGCUUUUUCACUGACAGGAAAUUGUUUGAAGGAGAAUCAGCUUCCAGCCAACAAGAUUUAUAUUCUGUGAAUGAACUCACAAUUACUUUGAUUGAUGUUCGAUGAAAGGAGUCGCGAACUACACUUAAAGCUGAAGUAGGUGUAUGCAAAAUUACUGUAAACAACUAAGAUUAGAGUGGACCAUUUUUGUAAAAUUACGCAACAAUUACUGGGACAUAUAGAAUUUCUACUGUAAUUUUAUAGUUAAAGUCGAAGUCAGUGUAUGCAACAUGAAAAUAGUUGAGUAGUAGUUUAAGAUUAGAGUCUGCAACAA